AUGUUAUGCCUUCUUUUCCUCUAUCCCCACCUUUUUGCCUUCAAUCUAUGUAGUAGUUAUGCUUUCUUUUCCUCUAUCCCCACCUUUAUGCUUUUCUCUAAUCUAUGUAUGUUAUGCCUUCUUUUUCCUCUAUCCCCACCUUUUUGCCUUCAAUCUAUGUAUGUUAUGCCUUUUUUUCCUCUAAUCUUCAAUGUAUGUUAUGCCUUCUUUUCAUCUAUCCCCCCCUUUUUGCCUUCUAUGGAAUCUAUGUAUGUUAUGCCUUCUUUCCUCUAUCCCCCACCUUUUGCCUUCAAUCUAUGUAUGUUAUGCCUUCUUUUCCCUAUCCCUUUUUGCCUUCAAUCUAUGUAUGUUAUGCCUUCUUUUCCUCUAUCCCCCACCUUUUGCCUUCAAUCUAUGUAUGUUAUGCCUUCUUUUCCUCUAUCCCCCACCUUUUGCCUUCAAUCUAUGUUAUGCCUUCUUUUCCUCUAUCCCCACCUUUUUGCUUCAAUCUAUGUAUGUUAUGCCUUCUUUUCCUCUAUCCCCCCCCUUUUGCCUUCAAUCUAUGUAUGUUAUGCUUUCUUUCCUCUAUCCCCCCCUUUUGCCUUCAAUCUAUGUAUGUUAUGCCUUCUUUUCCUCUAUCCCCACCUUUUUGCCUUCAAUCUAUGUAUGUUAUGCCUUCUUUUCCUCUAUCCCCACCUUUUACCUUCAAUCUAUGUAUGUUAUGCUUUCUUUUCCUCUAUCCCCACCUUUUUGCCUUCAAUCUAUGUAUGUUAUGCCUUUUCCCUCUAUCCCCACCUUUGCCUUCAAUCUAUGUAUGUUAUGCCUUCUUUUCCCUCUAUCCCCACCUUUUGCCUUCAAUCUAUGUAUGUUAUGCCUUCUUUUCCUCUAUCCCCCUCACCUUUUUGCCUUCAAUCUAUGUAUGUAUGUUAUUUUCCUCUCCACCUUUUGCCUUCAAUCUAUGUAGGUUAUGCCCUUUUCCUCCUUUUGCCUUCAAUCUAUGUAUGUUAUGCCUUCUUUUCCUCUAUCCCCACCUUUUGCCUUCAAUCUAUGUAUGUUAUGCUUUCUUUUCCUCUAUCCCCCCCACCUUUUGCCUUCAAUCUAUGUAUGUUAUGCCUUCUUUUCCUCUAUCCCCCACCUUUUGCCUUCAAUCUAUGUAUGUUAUGCCUUCUUUUCCUCUAUCCCCCCCCUUUUGCCUUCAAUCUAUGUAUGUUAUGCCUUUUGCUUUUCCUCUAUCCCCACCUUUUUCAAUCUAUGUAUGUUAGCCUUUUCCUCUUCCCCCCUUCAAUCUACUUCUUUUCCUUUUUUUGCCUUCAAUCUAUGUAUGUUAUGCUUUCUUUUCCUCUAUCCCCACCUUUUGCCUUCAAUCUAUGUAUGUUAUGCCUUCUUUUCCUCUAUCCCCACCUUUUGCCUUCAAUCUAUGUAUGUUAUGCCUUCUUUUCCUCUAUCCCCACCUUUUUGCCUUCAAUCUAUGUAUGUUAUGCUUUCUUUUCCUCUAUCCCCUAUGUAUGUUAUGCCUUUUUUCCUUCAAUCUAUGUAUGUUAUGCCUUCUUUUCCUCUAUCCCCACCUUUUGCCUUCAAUCUAUGUAUGUUAUGCCUUCUUUUCCUCUAUCCCCACCUUUUGCCUUCAAUCUAUGUGUUAUGCCUUCUUUUCCUCUAUCCCCCACCUUUUGCCUUCAAUCUAUGUAUAUUUAUGCCUUCUUUUCCUCUAUCCCCCCUUUUUGCCUUCAAUCUAUGUAUGUUAUGCCUUCUUUUUCCUCUAUCCCCACCUUUUGCCUUCAAUCUAUGUAUGUUAUGCCUUCUUUUCCUUCUAUCCCCCACCUUUUGCCUUCAAUCAUGUAUGUUAUGCUUUCCUCUUUUUUGCCUUCAAUCUAUGUAUGUUAUGCCCCCCCCCACCUUUUGCCUUCAAUCUAUGUAUGUUAUGCCUUCUUUUCCUCUAUCCCCACCUUUUGCCUUCAAUCUAUGUAUGUUAUGCCUUCUUUUCCUCUAUCCCCACCUUUUUUGCCUUCAAUCUAUGUAUGUUAUGCCUUCUUUUCCUCUAUCCCCACCUUUUGCCUUUAA